AUGGAGCGCAAGGACCGUAAACGCAGAGCUGUGGAAGCCGCCCCGCCGCCUGAGCUGGUGUCGCCGACGAUCACGAACCUCGUCUCGACGAUUAGGGAGAGCAACGUGGGGCUGAAGGAUACCAUCACCUCUCUGCAUGAGCAGAUCAGCAACGCCAAGAAGCAACUGACGGACGUGACGGAGGAAUGCGCGAAAUACGAGGACGAGGUGAAGUACCUUCACCCCGAUGCGGUUCUUGACCGGGUGCGCAUGAAGCUGUGGCACCACGGCGACCUGGGGCUCUUCCGGGACGUAAUCGACCCGAACUCUCGCGAGAGCGUUGUUGGGGGAGGACGGAGCCUCUACUUCUCCGAGUCCGCGCCGAAGAAGGGCGGUCUCAAGCCCCCGAUGAGCAACUCGUGGGAAGACGAGCUCUCUCCGAAGCACGAAAAUGAGGACGAGGAGGUGACGAUUCCAGCCCUACCGCCAAUGAAGACCACCGCUCCCGACACGGACGAAGUUGACGCACGUGCAGGGGAGAAGGACGACGGCUAUGUUGAGGUCCAAGUGCCGCGUGAUGAGGAAGACCAGGUCAAGACGACGCCGGAGGAAGAGGCCAUGACUACGAAUGGUCAGGAAAUCACGGCCUCUGAGCCGUUGGAGAAGGAAUUGGAGGAUUUGGAGCAGGAGAUCACCGAGACCGAGCUUAUGAAUGGAAGCCCUGAAGUGUGA